CUCACAUUUGCCUCUUUUUCUUUUACUCCCAAGCUCUUCUCUCUUCUCUAUUCUCUAUCUUCUAUAUCCAAUUCACAAUGACAAACGACAACUCUAACAACACUGGCGCCUCCAAUGGCGAGGCCAAGUCCUCCUUCACCGUCAAGGCCGGUCUCGCUCAGAUGCUCAAGGGCGGUGUCAUCAUGGACGUCGUAAACGCUGAGCAAGCUCGCAUUGCCGAAGAAGCCGGUGCCUGCGCCGUCAUGGCCCUCGAGCGUGUCCCCGCCGACAUCCGCAAGGACGGUGGUGUCGCCCGCAUGUCCGACCCCGCCAUGAUCAAGGAGAUCCAAGAUGCCGUUACCAUCCCCGUCAUGGCCAAGGCCCGUAUCGGUCACUUUGUAGAGUGUCAGAUCCUCGAGGCCCUUGGCGUCGACUACAUCGACGAGUCCGAGGUUCUCACCCCCGCCGACGACGAGAGCCACGUCGAAAAGAGCCCCUUCAGCGUCCCCUUUGUCUGCGGAUGCCGAAACCUGGGUGAAGCCCUCCGCCGAAUCGCUGAAGGCGCUGCCAUGAUCCGAACAAAGGGCGAGGCCGGCACCGGAGACGUUGUCGAGGCUGUGCGACACAUGAAGACCGUCAACAGAGACAUUGCGCAAGCCAAGGCCGCUCUCGCCGAGGGCGGCAUCGUGCGCAUCCGCGAGAUGGCCCGCAAGCUUGAAGUCGACGCCGAAUUGCUCCGCCAAACCGCCGAGCUGGGCCGUCUCCCCGUGGUCAACUUUGCGGCCGGCGGAGUUGCCACGCCCGCCGAUGCGGCGCUCAUGAUGCAGCUCGGCUGCGACGGUGUCUUUGUCGGCAGCGGAAUCUUCAAGUCUGGCGACCCUGCCAAGCGGGCCAAGGCCAUCGUGCGAGCCACGACACACUUCAGGGACGCCAAGGUUCUUGCAGAGACUAGCACGGGGCUUGGCGAGGCCAUGGUGGGAAUCAACUGCGAUAGCAUGAAGCCCGAGGAGAAGCUUGCUGGACGAGGAUGGUAGAAAAUGAUUUAUUUAUUGGCGUUGUAGGAGAAGGUUUAUUCAACAUGAAAAGGAAACGGGUAAAGAAAAUAGUGAUGAUACAACAUCUCUGGUGGAUAUGCAUGAGGAUAGCGGGUGUGUUUGCACCAUAAUGAAAAUACCUUUUACGAUGAAGAAAA